AUGACAGGUGGGGGCAACGCAGAUUCUCGUUCCUUAGAACAAACACCCACCUGGGCUGUGGCAAUUGUUUGCUUGGGCUUUGUACUUAUUUCAAUACUGAUUGAACAAGCUAUUCAUUUCCUUUCCAAGUGGCUCAAGAAACGCAAAAAGAAAUCCCUGGGCAAAGCAUUAGAUAAGAUCAAAGAAGAAUUGAUGCUGUUGGGAUUUAUCUCCCUUCUGCUUACUGUUGGGCAGAGACCAAUUUCAGAGAUUUGUAUAUCAAAGGGCUUAGGAGAUUCAUUUCUUCCCUGCUCAAAGGAGAAGGUUUUAGCAGAGACUGUUUUUGACCAGAUUGGAAAGUUUUUAAUACCUGGGCAGCAUCGUAAGCUUCUAUUCUUAGAAGCUUCUGAAACAUCAUUAAGGCGUAACUUGGCCACAGAGGAGCCAGUGACUGGUCAUUGUGCAAAAAAAGGGAAGGUUCCUCUGAUAUCACGAGAUGGACUCCAUCAACUGCACAUUAGGAUGGGGAAAGGUGUGAGUUGUGGACAUAUGAUUUCCACAGUUCAUCAUGUGAAGAAAUGGAAAUCAUGGGAGGAAGAGACUAAAACGUUGGAUUAUGAAGUUUCAAAUGAGCCUUCAAGGUUCAGAAUUAGUCGUGGAACUACUUUUGGUAGGAGGCAUUUGAGCUUUUGGUCGACAACACCAAUUCUUACCUGGAUUGUGUGCUUUUUUAGACAAUUUGUGAGAUCUGUACCCAAAGUGGAUUACUUAACAUUGCGCCAUGGCUUUAUACUUGCUCACUUUGCUCCACACAGUAAAUUUGAUUUUCAAAGAUAUAUAAAGAGAUCUUUAGACAAUGACUUUAGCAUUGUUGUAUCUAUUAGUUCGCAUCUAUGGUUUUAUGCCAUCUUAUUUUUACUUCUCAACAAACAUGGAUGGUUCACCUUCUUUUGGUUGUCUUUUAUUCCAUUGAUUAUUCUUCUAAUAGUGGGUACAAAGCUGCAAGUUAUAAUAACAAAAAUGGCGUUAGAUAUCCAAGAUAGAAAUCCUGUUGUGCAAGGAGCUCCAGUGGUGAAGCCCAAUGAUCAACUAUUUUGGUUUGGUCGACCCCAGAUCAUUCUCUAUCUCAUUCAUUUUACCUUAUUUCAGAGCGCUUUCCAAAUAGCUUUUUUCUUUUGGUAUGAAUAUGGUCUGAAAUCCCGCUUCCAUAAAGGGGUGCAAGAUAUUGUGGUUAGAAUAAGCUUGGGGGUUGCAGUUCAAAUACUGUGUAGCUAUGUAACUCUCCCUCUCUAUGCUCUUGUUACACAGGUAUGGACAAACAUGAAAACAACCAUAUUUGAUGAAAGAAUAGCUAUAGCUUCGAAGAAGUGGCACCAGAGAGCUAAGAAGAACCUUAGACAGAAAAGGCAUGAAGAUCUAUCAAGCAGGGGAACCACUCCAACUGAAGGAUCUUCUCCACUCAAUCUUCUUCACAAGUACAUAAGUGCAGGCGACAUAGAAAUUGCCCAAAGUUUAGAACAAUAUGAAUAUGAUGUUGAUCAGGAUGCUACCUCUCCUUCUUACCAUCCUCACCACAAUCCUGACAGUUCAAAGGAAGAAAUACAUGGGGACACAAAAGAUUUUGAAAUAAAUGGGUCUGACAUCAGCUUUGCUCAUUUACAAAAGGAAAAUAUAAAAGGUAUUACUUUUAUCCCUACUUCUUACAUGGAGACUCAUCCAAGCAAGGAGGACAAUUAG